AAUAUUUUUCCUAGCAAGAGCCAUACAUGUCCCACUCUAGUGUUCUGAGCAUAUUUUGGUGCCUAUGUGCCUGUGAGGCAGCUUGUUAUUGGGAAGUUUGCUGGCUCAGUCCCCAGUCCCUAGGGAGCACCACCAUCACUCCUUUCUAUUGGCUACUGAACGAUCAGCUGCUUAUAUUUGCCUCUGUCGCUUUUGGCGCUCGGCCAUCCAGAAACAAACCAGUUCGAUGACUACUAAUAGUUAUAGCCAGAUGUACUAAUACACAACAAAUCACAGUACUAGGGAGUGUGGAGCAAAUGAGUUCCUACUUUGUGAAUAGCACUUUUCCUGGGAGCCUGCCUAAUGGUCAGGACUCGUUUGUGGGACAGAUCCCAAUUUAUUCCUCAAGUUAUGAAGCUUUGAGGCAUUUUCCUGGUUCUUAUGGGACAUCUGCUCUUCAGGAUAAGGCUUAUUCCUCACCUUGUUUCUACCAGCAAUCCAGCACAGUUAUAGCCUGCAAUAGGAACUCCUAUGAGUAUGGGGCGUCCUGUUUUUAUUCGGACAAGGACAAUACUAAUAACUCUGCUUCAUAUGGGACCAAGCAAAGGGUACAUGGUACUGAAUAUCUCAACUUCACUACUGAGCAACAAUACAAGUCUGCCAAUGCCCAGAGCAAGAUGCUAACUGAGGAGAGCAAUGACCGGAAGUAUAGCAGCCCAGUGUACCCCUGGAUGCAGAGAGUCAACUCCUGUGCUGGUACAAUGUAUGGAACCCAUGGAAGGAGAGGGAGACAAACUUACACAAGAUAUCAAACUUUAGAAUUAGAGAAAGAAUUUCAUUUCAACCGAUAUCUGACAAGAAGGAGACGGAUUGAAAUUGCAAAUGCUCUCUGCUUAACUGAACGACAAAUAAAAAUAUGGUUUCAAAACAGACGAAUGAAAUGGAAAAAAGAAACCAAGUUGAUAAAUUCUUCAGAGCCCAACAGUGAAGCUUCAGAAGAAAAGACAGGAGAGCAAAGCAAUACUUAAUAUAUCAAGUCCUAUUCAUCUAUUCUGCUCUCCCAAGUCCGCUCAUAUUUUGUACAUGACCGUUGUAUUUAUGUAUAGUUCUAUAUUCUGUAAGUAUAGGUGAAAUUAGCUUGUGCAUGCGAGUGCCUCAUUCAUUACUGAUUACAUUCACUUAGCUGCAGCUGGCUCUCUACAUAUUCAAAUAAACUGUUUCUCUGAGAA